AAACCAUUCCUCGAAAUUAUCCGAUUUCUGGGUGUAGAUCUAAUCUCAACGCCGGAGGGAAAAGUGAACUGAGAUGGAGCAAUUGAAGACGAUUGGCAGGGAGCUCGCUAUGGGCUCCCAAGGCGGAUUCUACCAAUCCAAAGAAUUUCUGGAUCUGGUCAAGUCCAUCGGCGAGGCUCGAUCCAAGGCCGAAGAAGACCGAAUCGUUCUCGGCGAGAUCGAGACCCUCAAACGCCGCGUCUCCGAGCCCGACAUACCCAAGCGCAAGAUGAAAGAGUACAUCCUCAGAUUGGUUUACGUCGAGAUGCUCGGACACGAUGCUUCCUUCGGCUACAUUCACGCCGUUAAGAUGACUCACGACGAUAGCCUUCUCGUCAAACGGACCGGGUACCUGGCCGUCACCCUCUUCUUAAACGAAGAUCAUGAUUUGAUCAUUUUGAUUGUCAAUACCAUCCAGAAGGAUUUGAAGUCGGACAAUUACUUGGUAGUCUGUGCCGCCUUGAAUGCCGUUUGCAAGUUGAUCAAUGAGGAGACGAUUCCUGCCGUGUUACCGCAGGUUGUUGACUUGCUCGCGCAUCCUAAAGAGGCUGUACGGAAGAAAGCCAUCAUGGCUCUCCAUCGCUUUUAUCAGAAAUCCCCCUCUUCCGUUUCGCAUCUCGUCUCCAAUUUUCGCAAGAGACUUUGUGAUAAUGAUCCUGGAGUUAUGGGUGCAACCCUCUGCCCACUUUUCGAGCUUGUAUCAACUGAUGUUAAUUCUUACAAAGAUUUAGUCAUCAGCUUUGUAAGCAUUCUUAAACAAGUAGCUGAACGCAGACUGCCAAAGGCUUAUGAUUACCAUCAGAUGCCAGCUCCAUUUAUUCAGAUCAAGUUGCUGAAAAUUUUAGCCCUGCUUGGAAGUGGUGACAAGCAAGCAAGUGAAAACAUGUAUACUGUGGUGGGAGACAUAUUCAGGAAAUGUGAUUCGUCAAGUAAUAUAGGAAAUGCUGUACUCUAUGAGUGCAUAUGCUGUGUUUCCUCCAUAUAUCCCAAUCCUAAGUUAUUAGAGUCCGCAGCGGAUGCUAUAUCCAGAUUUUUAAAGAGCGACAGUCAUAACCUAAAAUACAUGGGGAUUGAUGCUCUUGGCCGAUUAAUAAAAAUAAGUCCAGAGAUUGCUGAGCAACAUCAAUUGGCUGUGAUUGAUUGCUUAGAGGACCCAGAUGAUACUUUGAAGAGAAAGACCUUUGAACUACUGUACAAAAUGACCAAGUCUACAAAUGUGGAGGUUAUUGUUGAUCGCAUGAUUGAUUACAUGAUCAGCAUUAAUGAUAAUCAUUACAAAACUGAAAUAGCAUCUCGAUGUGUUGAACUUGCGGAGCAAUUUGCACCAAGCAAUCAAUGGUUCAUUCAGAUUAUGAAUAAAGUGUUUGAGCAUGCGGGAGAUCUGGUCAAUAUUAAGGUAGCACACAAUUUGAUGCGGUUGAUUGCUGAGGGAUUUGGAGAGGAUGAUGAUAGUGCAGACAGUCAACUGAGAUCAUCUGCUGUCGACUCAUACUUGCACAUUCUUGGUGAACCAAAGAUACCAUCUGUUUUUCUUCAAUUAAUAUGCUGGGUCUUGGGGGAAUAUGGAACAGCUGAUGGAAAGUACUCAGCUUCCUAUAUAACUGGGAAGUUGAGUGAUGUGGCAGAGGCAUAUUCUAAUGACGAGACUGUUAAGGCAUAUGCAGUUACAGCUCUCAUGAAAAUAUAUGCGUUUGAAAUAGCGGCUGGGAGGAAAGUAGAUAUGCUGCCUGAGUGUCAGUCUCUAAUGGAACAAUUUUUGGCUUCUCACUCGACAGAUCUGCAGCAACGUGCCUAUGAACUGCAAGCAGUGAUUGGCCUUGAUGCUCAUGCUGUUGAGAGUAUUAUGCCAUCAGAUGCAAGUUGUGAAGAUAUUGAGGUUGAUAAGGCCCUUUCAUUCCUUAAUGGUUAUAUCCAAGAUUCAAUAGAGAAAGGUGCUCAGCCCUAUAUUCCUGAGAGUGAACGCUCUGGAAUGCUAAAUAUUAGCAAUUUUAGGAAUCAAGAUCACCAUGGAGCUUCAUCACAUGGUCUCAAGUUUGAGGCAUAUGAGCUUCCAAAGCAGACAGUGCAAUCGAGGAUUCCUCCAGCUACGCUUGCUUCAACUGAGUUUGUUCCAGUGCCUGAGCCAAUGAGUGUUAGGGAAAGCUACCCAACUACUAUUGUGCCAUCUGCAUCAUCAGAUGCAGAAUCAACAGAGCUCAAACUACGAUUAGAUGGAGUCCAGAAGAAGUGGGGUAGACAGACACACUCGCCUGCGACAUCUACCUCAAGUUCCACAUCCAAAAAAACAGUUAAUGGCAUCAAACAAGUUGAUGGAUCAAAUACUUCAAAUUCAAGUACUUGGGAAACCUAUGAUUCUAGGAAACAUGUUGAAAUUAAUUCAGAAAAGCAGAAACUUGCUGCUUCACUGUUUGGAGGUUCAUCGAAAACAGAAAAGAAGCCAGCUACUGGUCAUAAAAUCUCAAAGCCAAGCAGCCACAUGGUGGAGAAGUCUCAUGUGCGAAAGUCUAGUAUGGAAAUUGCAUCAGAAAAGAAAGCUCUCGUUCACCAACCUCCGGACUUACUUGAUUUUGGAGAACCAACAGUCCAAAGUAGUGAUCCUCCUUCAGUAGACCCAUUUAAAGAAUUGGAGGGUCUUCUUGAGCCAACAACUCAACUUGGCUCAACUGCUGCUGCUGCUACAAAUUCACCUGAUAUAAUGGGAUUGUUUACAGAAACACCUGGUGGCACACACAAUAAAGAUGACAGUGAUAUUUUAUCCAGUUUAUCAAAGCAGCCAGUGACAAAUAUGGUUGGUGGUGCUACAAGCACGCAAGUAGCUCAAAGUAGUAAGGGCCCCAACCGUAAAGAUUCAUUGGAAAAGGAUUCACUGGUGAGGCAGAUGGGUGUGACUCCAUCGAGUCCGAACCCUAACUUGUUUAAAGAUCUACUCGGGUGAAGUAAAUUUGGAAGGACCGACUUAAGUUUACAGCAAUGCAGUUUCAGUGUGGUUUCCUUCCAUUCAGCAUCUAGGUGAACCAUACGAGCAACGAGAUAUCACGAGCUGAUUUUCCGGAGAUAGUGAUCUUAAAAUCAUUCAGCCACCUCGAAUGAGGUUUAAGAGUCAGUACGGAUCAGUAGUUGUUGGAGACUUGAGAAGGCUUUUGUUUUUAUAAUUAUUGUUUCUAUUUUGUCAAAUUGGUUAGGGUGGUUGGCUAAAUAAAUAGCACAGCACGGCGGCCUUUCUCUGUCGUGAUUCUCGUGAAUGUGAGAUUUUGUGGCUGUUCCAACCGCAAGGCUUUCUAUAUGGGCUGCCUCAAUCCGAAAAACGGGGUUUUGCAUUGUAUGAUGUGAUAACAAAUAAAGAUACUUCCGUAUAAAUAAGAAGUGGUAUAUUAAGUUUUCUAUAUGCAUCAAAAUAUAGAUAUGGAUAUAGAAUAAUUAAUAGCA